AUGGCCGGCGACAAGAGCAACAACGUGAUGCGUGAAAUCCACGUCGACAAGCUUGUAAUCAACUGCUGUGUCGGCGAAUCGGGCGAUAAGCUCACGCGUGCUGCUCGUGUGCUCGAACAGCUCACGGGUCAGAAGCCUGUGUACUCUAAGGCUCGUUACACGGUCCGUACAUUUGGCAUUCGUCGUAACGAAAAGAUUUCGUGCCACGUAACCGUCCGAGGUGAAUUGGCUCAGGAAAUUCUUGACCGUGGCUUAAAGGUCAAAGAGUACGAGUUACUGCGCAAGAACUUUUCCGAAACGGGCAACUUUGGCUUCGGUAUUCAGGAACACAUCGACUUGGGUAUCAAGUACGAUCCAUCUACUGGUAUUUACGGUAUGGACUUCUACGUUGUACUUAAGCGACCAGGUGCUCGUGUAGCUCGCCGAAAGAUUCAGCAAUCGCGUGUAGGCCACCCACACCGUCUUACCAAAGAUGAUGCUAUCAAAUGGUUCCAAGCUAAGUAUGAGGGUAUUGUGUUGGACGCUCCUCGUGGUUAA